AUGAAGUUAUUAUGGAAACCAUUUUUGCUGCUAUCAGUCAUGGAGUGUCUUACAGAUUGUUUGGAUUAUAAAUCAUUCCAUGGGCCAAAAUGGCGGAUGGAGCCCAGUGAUUUAAUGGUGCCUGUUGGUUUACCAGAAGAAGAGGCCACACUCACCUGUGAUGCCAAAGGCUUCCCUGCUCCUCAGUACAGGUGGUCACUAAACGGCACACUGAUCGAUCUGAGGGCUGAUUAUCGGCGCCGUCUCUCUGGGGGCAAUCUGGUUAUAAGGAAUCUGGACCUUGCACAGGAUGCAGGAAUCUACCAGUGCACUGCUUUUAACUCGCUGGGAGCCAUUCUCAGCCGGAGAGCGAGCCUUCAGUUCGCAUAUUUGAAUUUUAAAACACAAACGAGAAGUGCUGUUUCAGUGCGUGAAGGCCAAGGUGUAGUUUUACUAUGUGGUACACCCGUAUAUGCAGGAGAGCUGCAUUUCGCCUGGGUGUUCAAUGAGUACCCAUACUUUGUCCAGCAAGACAGCAGACGUUUUGUCUCACAAGAGACUGGGAACCUUUACAUUGCUAAAGUAGAACCUUCGGAUGUAGGGAACUACACAUGCGUGGUGGUAAAUCGCAUUACAAAGGUCAAAAUGCUGAGCUCUCCCACGCCACUGGUCCUGAGGACAGAUGGUGUGAUGGGUGAAUAUGAGCCUAAAAUAGAAGUUCAUUUCCCUGAUAUGGUUCCAGCUGCCAAGGGCUCCAUUGUAAUAUUGGAAUGUUUUGCUCUGGGGAAUCCAGUGCCUGAAAUAACAUGGAGAAGGGCUAAUGGAGUUCCCUUUCCCAACAAAGUGAAGAUGAAGAACUCUAAUGUUGUUCUGGAGAUUCCCAGUUUUCAACAAGAGGAUGCGGGAGGUUAUGAGUGUGUGGCAGAGAACAAGAUGGGAAGGAACACUGUGAAAGGACGACUCUCCUUCCAUGCUAAGCCUCAGUGGGUGCAGACCAUGCACGACAGUGCCUUAUCCAUUGACGAAAGGCUGUUUUGGGAAUGUAAAGCAAGUGGAAAACCCAAGCCCUCAUAUAGCUGGCUAAAAAAUGGAGAACUACUUAAUACAGAGGACAGGAUUCACAUAGACAAUGGAGCGCUAACUGUAGUCUCAGUGAACCUGUCUGACGCUGGCAUGUAUCAGUGCGUCGCGGAAAACAAACAUGGCAUCAUUUAUUUCAGCGCUGAGCUGGUUGUGCUUGCCUCACCCCCAGAUUUCUCCAGAUCCCAAGUGCGAGCAUUACUUAAAGCUAAAACUGGCAGCACUGUGACCAUGGAGUGUAAGCCCCAGGCUUAUCCCCCUCCCAUCACAUCCUGGAGGAAAGGCAGUGAACAUCUCCAGAGCACAGAGAGAAUAAGUCUUCUCCCUGAUGGGACACUAAGAAUCAUAAAUGUGACAAAGACAGAUGUAGGCAGCUACACAUGCCUGGCGAGAAAUCAAUUUGGGAUGGCAAGCACCACCAGAAGACUACUGGUCAUAGAUCCCACACGGAUCACUCAGGGCCCAGCGGAUAUGGAAAUCAUAGUGGGCGAGAGCAUCGUGCUGCCGUGCCAAAUCGCAUGUGAUGCUUCUCUGGAUGUGUCUUUCUCCUGGGCCUUUAACGGACAGCUUCUCAACAAACUCGACCCGCACUAUGAACAUGUUGGUGGGGGAGUGGCUGGAGAUCUAAUGAUUCGCAACAUUCAGCUAAAGCAUGCCGGGAAGUAUGUCUGCUUCAUCGAUACUGAUGUGGAAAGUUUGUCUGCAGCUGCUAUUUUGAUUGUAAAAGGUCCCCCUGGAGCUCCAGAUGGUAUAACAGUAGAGGAGGUCACAGACAGCACAGCACAGCUGUCCUGGAGGCCUGGACAGGACAAUGGCAGUCCCAUCCUGAGCUACAUUAUCCAGACCAAAACAGCUUUCACUGUGGGGUGGCAGGCUGUAAAUACAGUGCCAGAGGUGAUAGAUGGGAACACUUUGACCGCUACGGUGGUGGACCUGAACGCAUGGGUGGAGUAUGAGUUCAGAGUCCUGGCUAGGAACAGCGUUGGUGUAGGAGAACCAAGUCCAGCCUCGCUCAAGACCAGAACCGAGGAUGCUGUUCCUGAUACAGCACCAGCUAAUGUCGGAGGUGGAGGAGGCUCCAAGUCUGAAUUGGUAAUAACGUGGGAGCCUGUGCCUGAGGAGCUGCAGAACGGAGACGGUUUUGGUUACAUCAUUGCUUUGCGGCUGCUUGGUGAGCUGACAUGGACACACGUCGUGACAUCAGCACCAGGACGCUAUGUUUACCGCAACGAGAGCAUUGCACCAUUUUCUCCUUUUACUGUGAAAGUGGGUGCAUACAAUGUGAAAGGCCAGGGACCCUUUAGCCCUGCCACCACAGUGUUCUCUGCAGAGGAAGAGCCCAGCAGAAUGCCAGGAGGAGUGUGGGCUCGGAGUAUUUCUGACAACGAAUUCGAAGUGAGCUGGCAGACACUCUCUGACUCUCCUGAAAGAGUUUUGGGUUAUGAGGUCAUAUACUGGGAAGACGACACUAAGCCUGAGACCAUGGGUAAAGUGCGAGUGUCUGCAAACCAGAACACAGUGAACAUCAGUGGUCUGAAGGGGUACACUCAAUAUUUCCUUACAGUGAGCUCUUUCAACACAGCAGGAACUGGGCCGCGCACACCAACCAUUAACAUCACCACCAAAAAGUCUUCUCCAGGACAGCCUCCUGUAAAUGUGGAGUGGAAUCUUAUCGGUUCAAAGCUGACUGUCCACUGGGACCCUGUAGUCACCAUGGAAAUGGAGUCAGAGGUCACUGGGUAUAAGGUUUCUUACACAAGGAACAGACAUACAGAAGUUAACACAGUGACUACUAACGUUACUUCUGUGGAGCUCAUCCUCCCUGCCGAUGAUAAUUACAUCAUUCAGAUUUGUGCUCUGAGCGACAGCGGAGACGGCAUGCCCACUGAGCCAAUCAAAAUCCACAAACUGAGUAUGAGUGUACGGGGUUCGAGAGCGUGGCAACCGACCUCCACCCCCUUGUCCUUGCUCUUUAUCAUCGCAUUAACUGCCAUGAGGCCAACGUUGUGAAAAUAACUUUAGUGUUGCACAGACUUAUUGAGUUGAUCUUGUGUGCUCAUUCUUUACAAAUCAUGAGAGCGGUGUGUUAAAACAAUGUUUUUAAAACUCCCAACCUUCCCAUACUUCACCUGAGGCAGCAUCUUGUGCAUUUGAUGAAACCGACAAGGAAAUUCAAAGUUACAGGAUUUUGUGUGCAUGUUAUGGUCUCGAGGCAAGCAUUUGAUUAGUCUGGACAAAGUCUUUUUUUUUGUUUUUUUUUUGUAACGUACACGGAUGUCAUGACUCAUAUGCACUACUUGCCAGCUGGUCUCUGUGACCCUUGCGGAGAACAAAAUGCCUUACUUCCAUGUUACAUGCCAAAGUAGUUCAUGUCUUUCGUCAUGUCCUUCACUUCUUGUUGCUACACUACUCUUUGUCAUGGCUUUUUAUUCCUUUUGAUAUGAAAAUGUAAAGUAAGUCAGUGUUUUUAUACGAUAUUGUUACAUAUCACUGGCGCUCCGCGGCUUCUGCGUACCCAUUUUACGGAAUAUGAUUUUUCACUGUGCCUUCUAUACAAUAGCUGCAUAUCUUUCAUUUAACUUUACAUCAUUAGGUCUUUACUCUUCAGUAAUUCCUCACCUUUGAGGAUGUAGCAGUGUGUCUUUUGAUGCUGAUUUUGUUUUAAGUUAGUGGAAGCAGUGGCUAUGUGUCAUGAACUAUGUCACUGGGUUUUGUUACCAUGUACAAAUAGAACACAAUGUAAUAUUGAGUUGCAGCCUUAGAAUUUAUUAUGUUUAUAAUGUCUUUAAAAAAUGCUACCGAAGUAUUUAUUAAAGCUAACAAUAGGAUGUUAUUCUCCGAAACUCUGUCACAUCACUGCAAAAUGGUAGAUUUUUUUUUUUUUUUUGGUUUACUAAGGAAUGAGGACAUCCUGUGGAGCAGAAAACUGAGAGUUGAACAGAUUUUUAUGUGGAAAGGUUGUUAUAUGUUGUUAUGGUAUGUUGCAUAAAUAUUCACUCAUGAAAGUAUUUCACGUUUUGUAGUGUUACAAUCUGUACCUGAAAUAGAAUACAAGAGAGCAAAAUAGUUUGUUCUUUCAAGUACUGGCCAAUCAGGGACAUUCAAGAGUUCCUAAAUGCGAAAGAGCGAAAGAGUGUAAAUAGCACUAAAGUUAUGUUACCCAGAGAUGCAACAGUUCACAAAAGGCAAGCUGGAUAUAAGAUAGUGAAUAGCUGAUUGAAGAAAGUACAAAAAAAAAAAAGAUCUGUGACAAAGUUCUGGAAAUGUCUCAGUCAGGGUUGUUGAAAAGAAUAAAUCUCACAAAGGACUUUGUUCAGAGAAGCAAGCAAGGAGUAACUGUCAACAUGGUGUUACCACACUUCACUGAAGAGAUGGUGUUAUCGGGGUUAUAAGCAGUGCUGGCUUUCUCACAAAUGUACUACUUUAUGUCAAGAACAAAAAGUUCGAUUUUGCUUACUACAAUGGAUGUAAAGAUAAAUUGCAACAGAUGUGUAAAAAAACAUGAAGCUGUGCAUUUUUGCCAGAGUAUAAUUUAUUUCUUUUUAUGUAGACAAAAAUGCAGAUGGAUUUACAUUGUUUCUGGUUCAA